CGCGCGGCCGAACGGGCACUGCCUCUGCCCCGCCCCGUCCCGCCGCUGCCCGACUACGGCGAGGGCCUCGCCGGCGGCCUGGCUCCUCCCCUCUUCCUCUGGAGUCAGGAAAGUCCUGUAACCAGCCCCUCUUCCUGCCCCCUCCCCCGGUCUCUUUCUCUUUCCCGGUGCGAUGGAAGUCUCCGGUAACCGUCCUCCCCGGUAGCAGGCAGCGACCCGAGUCGGUGCGAAAUGCUGGGCAUGUACGUGCCAGAUAGGUUUGCCCUGAAGUCUUCAAAAGUUCAGGACGGGAUGGGGCUAUACACGGCCCGCAGAGUCAAAAAGGGUGAAAAAUUCGGCCCCUUUGCAGGGGAGAAGCGAAUGCCACAGGAACUGGAUGAGGACACAGACUGCAGGCUUAUGUGGGAAGUUCGUGGGAGUAAAGGUGAAGUCCUUUAUAUCCUGGAUGCAAGCAAUCCACGCCAUUCUAAUUGGCUGCGUUUUGUCCAUGAGGCUCCAUCACAGGAACAGAAGAACCUGGCUGCUAUCCAGGAAGGGGAAAAUAUUUUCUAUCUAGCUGUGGAAGAUAUUGAAACAGACACAGAACUUUUGAUUGGGUACUUAGACAGUGACAUGGAAGAAGAAGAGGAGGAGGAGGAGGAAGUAACUGCUAUCCAGGAAGAUGAAGGGAGUGGCAACAAAAAAGAAGUACAUCCAGUAGGUGAAAAAACUGCAGAUCUCCUCACCUGUAAACAGGACCAUGUGUGCCCAUACUGUGAAUCCAGUUUUGCCAGCCAGGAGAUUCUAGCAGAACAUCUUCAGACUUUGCACCAAAAACCCAGUGAGGAGAAGGAAUUUAAGUGUCGAAACUGUGGGAAGAAAUUCCCUGUUAAGCAAGCUUUACAAAGACAUGUACUUCAGUGUACAGAGAAUAUCAGCCCAGGAGACUCUACAAGAAGUUUUCAGUGCUCUGUUUGCAAUACUUCGUUCAGCUCAGAAUUGAGUUAUGAACAGCACAAAGAGGCAUGCAGAAGGGAUGCCAGAUUCAUAUGCAAAGCAGAUAGCUGCGGGAAGAGGUUCAAGAGUAAGGAUGCCCUGAAAAAACAUAAAGAAAAUGUUCACAGUGGAAAUUCUAGGAAGAAGCUGUUGUGUUCAGUGUGCAAUAAGAAAUGUUCCUCAACAGCAAAUCUCCAAGAGCAUCGAAAGGUCCACGAGAUAUUUGAGUGUCAGGAAUGUGACAAGAAAUUUAUUUCAGCUAACCAGCUAAAACGCCAUAUGAUCACUCAUUCAGAAAAACGCCCCUACACCUGCGAGGUUUGCAAUAAGUCCUUCAAACGACUUGAUCAAGUGACUGCACACAAAAUAAUACACAGUGAAGAUAAACCUUAUAAAUGCAAGCUUUGUGGAAAGGGAUUUGCUCACAGAAAUGUUUACAAGAAUCACAAGAAGACCCAUUCUGAAGAGAGACCGUUCCAGUGUGAGGAAUGCAAAGCGUUGUUCCGAACCCCGUUCUCUCUACAAAGACAUCUGUUAAUCCAUAACAGUGAGAGAACCUUCAAGUGUGAUCACUGUGAUGCUACUUUCAAAAGAAAGGACACAUUAAAUGUCCAUAUUCAAGUUGUACAUGAUGGACAUAAGAAAUACAAGUGUGAUCUCUGUGAUAAAGCUUUUGUGACACCUUCAGUCCUGAAGAGUCAUAAAAAAACUCACACAGGAGAAAAAGAGAAAAUUUGCCCAUAUUGCGGACAGAAGUUUGCAAGCAAUGGAACACUGAGAGUUCAUAUUCGAAGCCAUACAGGUGAGCGUCCAUACCAGUGUCCUUACUGUGACAAAGCUUUCAGCAAGAAUGAUGGAUUGAAGAUGCAUAUUCGCACCCACACAAGGGAAAAACCGUACCAAUGUUCUGAGUGUAACAAGGCCUUCAGUCAAAAGCGAGGCCUGGAUGAGCACAUGAGAACCCACACCGGAGAGAAGCCAUUCCAGUGUGAUGUUUGUGAUCUGUCCUUCAGCCUGAAGAAAAUGCUGAUCCGACACAAGCUAACUCACAACCCCAAUCGACCGAUGGCAGAAUGCCAGCUGUGCCACAAGAAGUUUACAAGAAAUGACUACCUCAAAGUGCACAUGGAAAACGUUCAUGGGGAAACUGACAGCUAAUUACGUCCUGUGUGAGAAGACAGAAUCUUGUGUUCCAAAGUGCUCUAUUUGUACACAUACAAACUACAGACUUCUCACCUGACUAGUAAGCAUAGUCAGGAGAAACAGUAUUACUGUAGUGAAGUGUUGUUUUUUCCACUUUUUAAAAUAUGGUAUUAGGAUGAGAACCAAAGACAGACAUUCACCUAAAGUAAAAUGUAGCUUGAAAAUAAAAAGUUGAAGAUAAAAGAACUUUGGGAAAAUCUUAUCCUCAUUAAAAACAAAAUAAAACACAAUCAAAAAACCAACCAAACCAAACAGACCCCCCACAAAUACAAAACCCAAAUAGCUUUAAGUUCACCUUCUUAAUUAAAUACUUAGAAACUUAGAUAUUGGUAGGAUUACGUGGAAAACAUUGCCAUCUGGAACUGAACCCUUUGCUGUCUGCAACUGUAUUUCUGUAUCCAUGCUACAAGACUCCAUUAAAGUUCUU